UCUCUCUCUCUCUCUCUCUCUCUCUCUCUCUCUCUCUCUCUCUCUCUGUUCCUUCGUCUUCUUUACUGGGUACACUCUUUUCUUCUCUUUAAAGUUUCGAUCUUUUGUGUUGUUUUGUGAAUUUUGAUUCCGUUGUGGUCCAAAGUUUUCGAGAAUUUGAUGGAUCUUAUUGAUUGAGAUUUGAACAACUUCACCUAAAAUUUUAUUCUUCGACUAUAAAGAACAACAGAUUUUGAUACUUGACACUACACACUAGUGUGCUAAUUCAAAAGAUGUUUCGCCGCAAGACUACUUCACAAGCUGAACAAGAGAAUAAUGAGGCAGCUCUCAGAGAGGCAAAGAUCAAAGAGCUGAAGGUUCUCUUAGGUGAGCUCUCUGGAAGGAGUUCACUAUAUUGUUCAGAUCCUUGUCUGAAGAGGUAUCUCGAGGCUAGGAACUGGAAUGUAGGCAAAGCCAAGAAGAUGCUUGAAGAGACGCUGAAAUGGAGAUCAACGUUUAAGCCUGAGGAAAUCCGAUGGGAUGAAGUUUCAGGUGAAGGUGAGACUGGGAAAGUCUACAAAGCUGGAUUCCAUGACAGAAGUGGAAGAACGGUUCUCAUACUCAGACCCGGCUUGCAGAACACUAAGUCUUUGGAGAACCAGAUGAAACACUUAGUGUAUCUCAUUGAGAAUGCUAUUAUGAAUCUCCCUGAUGAUCAAGAACAGAUGUCUUGGCUCAUUGAUUUUACUGACUGGUCACUGAGCACCAAUGUGCCUAUCAAAUCCGCCAGAGAAACUAUCAACAUACUGCAGAAUCAUUACCCUGAGAGACUAGCUGUUGCUUUUCUGUACAAUCCUCCAAGGCUCUUUGAGGCAUUCUGGAAGAUAGUGAAGUAUUUCAUUGAUGCAAAGACAUUCAUCAAGGUGAAGUUUGUUUACCCAAAGAACCCUGAAAGUGUUGAGCUCAUGAGAUCAUUUUUCGAUGAGGAGAACCUCCCAACGGAAUUUGGAGGGAAAGCUUUGUUGCAGUAUAACCAUGAAGACUUCUCUAAGCAAAUGAACCAAGACGAUGUUAAAACUGCAGACUUCUGGGGAUUGGUGCAUAGUAACAACAAUCACCAGCAGCAGUCUAGUAGUGGAUUUUCUGGAGCUGAGAUUGCUCCUGAGCCAAUCCAAACCAACACUUAACCGGUUUUGAAGGCUAUAUAUUGUUGUAACCAAAUGGACUAGUAUAGCUCUUGAUUCUUAGAGGAGAGAGAGAGAGAGGAUGUAAGGUUUAGACUCGGUAUUGAUUUGAAUAAAAGGAUUUGUAUUUACAAGCAACUCUUUGCAAGGGUUGUAAGUGAAUCCACAAUAACACUUUAAACUCAAAAAGCAUUUAUUUACAGGAAGCUUACGAUGCAGACAACAAGUUUUGUUUCUUUCAGUAUCAAUCUCAACAAACACAAGAAGAAGAGAUUGGUUUCUUUCAAAAUUUGAAGGUACAAAGAGAAAGAACACACAUGUAAGAAAUAUUUAUAAUACUACACAGAAGUAUUAGCUAUUAGACUCUAUAGCUUGAAGAUCUGCAGUCAAAAGAGAUUUGCAAUGAAGUGGAGUUAGGGAGGGACAAAUAAGGUGAAGAAUUUUGAAACUAGAUGAGUCUUCUUCUGAAGUUUCUGGUGGUUGAUUGAUAGGUUCGCACCAGAAGGCCAACACCAAUGCCGAGACCUACACAGACACCAAGACCAAUUCCAACACCAACCCUCACACCAGCAUUGAACCACGACAUUUCUCCAUCUUCAACAUCUGUGUACUCUCUUCCCAAAUACAUGUCGUCAUACUCUCCUUCAUAAUCUUGUUUAUAGCUUCCUCCGUAUUCUGUUGCCUACACAC